CCGAAACGCUAGCCUACCCCGCGCACAGUGCGAAACCGAUGUAAACAGUUUUUUUUUAUUUUCCAACGAACAGCGCACAAAAUACACACAUUUACACGCCACACGGGCACAUCCGCAUAAUACAAAUACUCAACUAUACAGGUACCUGGUACACGCACGUCCAAAAAGAAGCUUUGGUCCGCAUGAUUCACAUCCCGGAGAAAACGCAUUCGAAUUUUCCGAUUUUCUCGCUCGUCAUAUUAUAUAUUCGAAGGUAUACUACACACGUAUAAAGCGAAAAAAAAAAUUUAUAUAUUUGUGAUAAUUUCGUGUCGAGCGAGCACACGAAAAUUAACCGCCGCCGUCGUCUUGAAUCGUAUCUUCGUAUCGCGCCGUAACGUAGUACGGUGUGUCGUGUGUGUACUAUCGACUCGUCGCCAAUACCUCUUUCGACUCCCGUCCUCKGGGCGCCUGCAACCAUCCACCGAUGAGCGCUUACUCUAGGGGUCGGCCCGUUGUCGCCGUUGUCGUACCGACCUAAUCGCCAUCGACACCGACGGAGGAACGGCGGCGGCGGUCCCGGCGGCCAUCGGCGGUGAUGCGCGCGGUGGCAAGGGGCGCGUGUUAUGGGAGGAACGGCGAGCGCGGAGGUCGUCUCCCGUAGAGUCACUGGGUCAUUAUGCCGGUCAGCAGCAGCACAGAGGUACCAGAUGCCAAAUGCUGUUGUAAACACUGUCAAGAUCGCGGCCGCGGUGAGCUGUUUUGGAAAAUUCAGCUCGACCAAGACCUGGUGGACACCAUUUCGUCAAUUUACCCCGAGUGGUUCCGCCAACAACAGCAACAGCAGCAGCAACAGCAGCAGCAGCAACAACAGCAGCUGCAGCAACAGCAACAGCAGCAGCAGCAGCUGCAGCAACAGCAGCACACCGACCCAUUAACCAUGCAGAACAAUAAUUCGCAACCGUCUCCGCCCUCAGCCGAGGUGGACGAAUCACCGUUACAAAAGUCUAUGGACAAAAACAAAGAGUCUCUCAAAGUCAAGUUGAUGUUGAGGAGACCCAUUAACCAAUUGGUUGCCCAAGGAAUUAUGCCCUGUUUGAAAAGCCCACCAGCCUUCCAUGAACAACGUCAAAAGUUGGAGAGGGCCAAGAUGGGCGAUCUGUUGAAAGCUAAAAUUCAACAGAGGCCUGACAAACAGCAGCUGGUCAGACAGCACAUAUUAGAAGACGUCGGUGACGUAGACCGAUCAUUAGCUGAACGUCAGCGCAUGUUGGUCAAGUGUCGCUUGGCUGAUUCACUAAAUACCCAACUGGCCCACAGGCCCGGUCCUUUGGAAUUGAUCAAAAAAAAUAUACUCCACACGGACGAGCCCAUCGAAAGGGCCGUUAAAGAGGGUCAGAUCGAGUUCAAAGCCACCAGUGAAGGACAAAAAAUCAAGCCUGAACUCCCCGAUCAGUACUUGACAUUAGACGAAGACUCUCAGAGUUCUGGUGGCGCUGGAAGUUCGUGUUCCCCACCUCCACCACCACCACCACCACCACCACCGCCGCCGCCACCGUCGGUAGCGCUGACCCACAGGCCAGCGUAUGAUAUGAUAGAGACGGCUGCUGCUAACGCGGGCAUCGUCACCUUAACUUUACUACCUUCACCCCUUGGAUCAUCCACGUCCAGCUUGUCACCGAUGAGUUCGGUUGCCUCGCCACCGCCCCCGGUGCCCCCUCCAAUGCCUCCGUCAUCCCUACCGCUACAAGUGCAUGGGCAGCAACCUGCACCGGGUAAGGACAAAAACCGAAAAAAGAGCAAGAGUAAGUCGCAGGCGAAGACCAGGACGAUUAAGUUCCACGAGUACAAGGGACCACCGAGUGCGCAUAAGUCACAAAAUCUAAAUGCAAAUUCGGCCGAGACCUCGUACGAGCUGCUUUUGCAGCAGCAGCAGUUGUUUUUGCAGUGGCAACUCGAGUGGCAACAAAAAUAUCCUCAACUCAUACUGCCCGCUCCCCCACACAAAUCGACCUCGUCAAUCGUUGAACAAUCUUCUACCGUAUCAUCGUCRUCRUCGUUGUCGUCUUCGCCAUCGUCCGCGUCAUCUACGACGUCCGCCCAGACCAUGAACAAUCUACCGCAGAUUAUCGAAACCCGUUCGUUACGAAAUCUCGACGAUUUAAAGGUGAGUGACUUAAAGGCUGAACUGAAAAAACGUAAUUUACCCGUGUCUGGGCCCAAGCCGCAGUUGAUUGAAAGGUUACGGUCGUUUGCUGAACAUAAUUCGGAUUUGUCGAACAUAAUGCUAUCGCCCGGCAACCAUUCGAAUCCGAAUAGUCCUCCACGGUCSUCGUCUACGCCGCCACCACCACCUCCACCACCUCCACCACCACCCUUACCAACUUCGGGGUCCCAAAAUACACCAGAAGAAGACCGCAUCAUACGUGAACAGCAGAGACGCAUUGAACAGUUACAAAAACAACUGCUUAACUCCCAACUACAGCUUCAACAACAACAGCAGACCCGGGUACAAACAUUCCAGCCGGUCAAUGCGAAAGCAAAUCUGGCAGCCUUCCUUCAGCAGCAACAGUUAAACCAACAGCAGAAACAACAGAAACACAUGGUCUUGACGACGAACAAUAAUAAUUCAAUGAAAAAUAACAACAAUAACAGCAACAACGAUCUUGAGACAACUAAACGGCGGAGCAAUACAAUUGUAUUAGACAAGGAACAAGCGGCAUCAAUAUUGAGUCAGUUGGACAACAACAGUCAAAGAACGACUUCUUUGCCGAAUUUUUUGGGCACGUUCGUUCAACCCAAUUUGACCACUACCAACAUCAUCAACAACAACAACACUAAUAUCAACAACAAUAACAAACCGAGUACGGUCGUCCAGACCUCCUCCGGUUACCAUAAGGUGGCGGACGACGAAAAAGUCGACAUUCCCAUGGUCGUGGAUGACGUGAAAUUACAACAGCCAACUUCUGUAAACUUGCCGUYGCAGCAGCAACAGCAGAUUGUAGAAAGAGUUGUUAAACCAUCAUCGGAAAAUCGACACCAGGACACAUUGGAAAAUAACAACCUAAGUCCAAAACAAGAGAAUGUAAAACCGCCAUCACCGUCAUCGUCGCCUUAUAUCGAUAUUAACAGUCUUCCAAUGGUGUUCGACGAUACGAAAUUGUUUCAAAACGACCAUCUAGUCGACAAUUGCCGGCACAACGUGUCCAAAAGUCAGAUGAUGGACGACGUCCUGGAGAUAUUGAUCAGAAACGGCGAGUUGCCCGCUUCGGCAGCGCACGAUCAGAUGUCUGCGGGCUCCGGUGUCGAUCACUCGGUGGUAAACGCGAACUCCGACUUCGACAUACCCAUGGACGAUCCAUUCGCCAUGGAUGUUGGGUGCAACGAUGACCUGAUGAUGGAUGUGGACACCGACUGGCUGGAUUCGUUGGAUUUACCGCCGCCAUCGGCCGAACCGCUGGCCGACCUGUUCAACGGCGAAGCAGCUGACAACGACUUCAAACUUCCCGCCAACAUGGAUUUCCUGUGGGACCGAAUAGACUUCGCGACGUAAUUUUAUUUGUCAAAUAUUGUUUUGCGCCAUUCCUCUUCGUCUUUUUUUUUUUCGUCCRUCUCUUAAUCUCUUCUUCACUCGUCCGCCACCUCUCGUCCAACGCCAAUAAAUAAAUAAAAUAUGAAAUAAACGCACGUUCGUUUACCAGAGUGACAUUAUCUAGAGUCAAUUGGUCGUGGUGACCGAUUUUUAUGUAGAUUAAAAAAAAAAAAAUCAUUACACUAGAUUCAAAUGAUGUAAAAUAAUAUUUGAAUUGACGAAAAAUGAUUACAUGCUCAUUUAUUUACCAGGGUCGUGUUUACUUAAGGAAUAUUUAUUUAGAGAAAUUAUAAAAAUGUAAUUAAUUUUUCUUUUCUUUUUCAUUGCUCAAAAUUGUAUUAUUUUUAUUAUC